AUGUAUAUUGAGAAAAUUGAAAGUGUUUCCACCCCCGACAGUUUCCACAGGCAUUUCCAAGAUAUCUUAUUCUGGGGAUUUGAUGUGAUUAUGCUAUCUAUGAGCACCGUUUGGACACAAAUGCUCUCUGGACUUCCGCGUGACUCCCGCGGAUCCCUCGAAGUCUUCAAUCCAGACUCCGCUGCCGCCGCUUCAAAUCGGGUGACCACCUCCCCAUUCCUCCUCCCUCCUGCAGUUGCUUCCCAUCCUAGCCUCGCCGGGGAUGAUGAGGAUGCUGACGUGGGUCGGGCGACACAGAGGGCCGCCGAGUGGGGCCUUGUCCUCCAGACCGACGAGCACACCAGCCGCCCCCAGGGCGUCGUCGCCCGCCCCUCCGGCGGCUCCAACCGCACCAGCGAGAGUGGAAACUCCAUCGACGAGAGGGUCGCCGCUGGUAGAGCACUCCCCCGAGUGUCGGAGGAGCUCCGCGCCGCACUCUCUGCGUUCCACCGCUUCCUUCAAGGUUCUGGGACCGUCAGCCGCUUCCUUCAAGGUUUUGGGACCGACCCCGUAGAGAUUUCGAAGAUCAGACGGGCUCUCGCAACUGGGUCAAAUUACUGUGGUCGUAUUCUCAACUACAAGAAGGAUGGUACACCAUUCUGGAACCUCCUAACUGUUGCCCCCAUCAAGGAUGAGGAUGGCAGGGUCCUCAAGUUCAUUGGGCCAGCUUUUUCAUUAUAUAUAUCAUCAUGCCAUUUUAUAGUUUUGUUCAGCACUAUAGUUAUUAUAAACCUUGGUGUGCAAUGUGUCACAGGAUGCAAGUGGAAUCUUAUUAGUAUGGGUCAUGGAAAUGUGGAGAAGAACAUUCUAAAACCAAGGGAAGAUACGCUACUUGAUAGCGAUGAUGAGAGACCAGAAAGCUUUGAUGAUGAUUUUAGGAGGAAAGAAAUGAGAAGGGGUAUAGAUUUGGCUACUGCGCUUGAACGUAUUGAAAAGAAUUUUGUCAUCACUGACCUGAGGUUACCGGAUAAUCCAAUUAUUUUUGCAUCGGAUAGCUUUUUGCGAUUGACAGAGUAUUCACGUGAAGAAAUAUUGGGAAGAAAUUGUAGGUUUCUUCAAGGGCCUGAAACUGACCGUGGGACAGUAAAGAAGAUAAGAGAUGCCAUAGAUAACCCCUCAGCUGAUAAAUUAUACAAAGAGCGGUACAUACUCUUCACAUGCUCCCAUGUUCUUGGUGAUGUUCAAUACUUCAUUGGGGUUCAGUUGGAUGGAACUGAGCGUGUUCGAGAUGCUGCUGCAAAAUAUGGUGCCAUGCUGGUUAAGAAAACUGCGGACAAUAUUGAUGAGGCUGCAAAGGAACUUCCGGAUGCUAAUUUGAGACCAGAGGAUCUAUGGGCUAAUCACUCAAAACCAGUCUUGCCAAAGCCACAUAUGAAGGAUACCGCAUCAUGGAGAGCCAUCCAAAAGGUUCUUGAGAAUGGUGAAAGCAUCGAUUUGAAACAUUUUAGACCAGUAAGACCCUUAGGAUCUGGUGACACUAGCAGUGUCCACUUGGUGGAGUUGCUUGGCAUAGGUGAAUACUAUGCCAUGAAAGCUAUGAAUAAAAGUGUCAUGCUUAACCGAAACAAGGUCCAUAGAGCUACCGCUGAACGACAAAUCUUGGAUAUGUUGGACCACCCAUUCCUUCCGACAUUGUAUGCAUCAUUUCAGACAAAGACACAUGUAUGUCUUAUUACCGACUAUUAUGCUGGCGGGGAACUCUUUAUGCUCCUCGAUAGACAACCUAUGAAGGUACUGAAGGAAGACGUGGUUAGGUUCUAUGCUGCAGAAGUGGUCACGGCACUUGAAUACCUACAUUGCCAAGAAGAUGAUAAGAAGAAAAAGAGGAGGAAGAGCAGGAGCAAUCCCAUAUUCUUUGCUGAACCAAUGCGAGCAUCAAAUUCUUUUGUUGGUAUAGAGGAGUACAUUGCGCCAGAGAUUAUUACCGGAGCCGGCCAUACAAGUGCUGUAGAUUGGUGGGCGCUAGGAAUUCUUCUAUAUGAGAUGUUGUAUGGUUAUACACCGUUCAGAGGGAAGACAAGACAAAGGACCUUUGCUAAUAUUCUGCACAAGGAUAUCAGAUUUCCUGCGAGCAUACAGGUGAGCCUUGCGGCAAGAUGGUUGAUAUACCGGUUGCUACACCGGGACCCUACAAAUAGGCUAGGUUCCUACGAGGGCUCCAUGGAGAUCAAACAACACCCAUUCUUCCAUGGCAUAAACUGGGCUCUAGUUCGUGCCGCCACACCCCAGAAUUAG